AUGCUGACGGCCGUGAUCGUCGGGCUUGUGCUGUUCGACUUGGUAGUGGAGGUGUACGAGCACUACCUCGACCACCACAAGGGCCGGUUCCACAAGAACCUCUUCAAGAAGGCCAUCAAGGAGCUCAUGAUCCUUGGGUUGAUUAGCUUCGUCCUCUUCAUCCUCAAGGACCAGGCUAUCUACGACCAGAGCGACGAUAUCCUGACCAACACCUUCGACAGGCUGCGGGAGCUCCCCGGGGAAAUGGCUCCCCCCGACUGGAAGGGGUACCCCGGGGGGCCCCCAAGGUAUUUCACCGGCCUUCGGCAGGCGCAAGUGCUGGAGUACCACCUCUUCCGGUCGGUCUUCCUGCGGCUCAACCGCUCCCUGCUCACGCCCGCCUUCGACUUCUCCAAGUACUCCGCCGCCAUCGUGGACGAGUGGAUCGUUGUCUUCUUCGACGUGGGCUGGGCGAGCUGGCUCCUUGCCGUCGUGGUGCUCUUCUUCACCGUACCCAUCACCGACCCGACCGACGAGAGCGAGGCGGUGUCGGCGCACGGGGAGUUUGUGUUCGGGGCGGCGCUUGUCGUCCUCGAGUUGCUGGUGCUGGCCUACUGCAACCACGCACACCGGAAGGUGAUCGCGAGGAUGGGGGUGGUGGGUGGUUUCAAGGGCAUUGGAGCAGUGCUUCAGGAGCUCUGGGUGGAGCCGAAGCACCACAUGGGCGAGGAAACGGCGGCCAUCGACGUCAGGGACCUUCUGCUGGCCGCCCCCGUAAAGGCUCCCACCCUCGAGCAGCUCACUUCUGAGGCUUCCGGCAAUGGCGCGUCUCAGGCCCAGGUGAACUUCAAGUCUGUCCGAGGGUCCUCGUCAUCUUCGGUCUCCGGGAUGAAACGAUCGAACGGGAGCACCGGCAGCAUCACGGGGCUGGCCAACCAAGAACCCUCAGCGUCGUCGUCGACCGCCACGGUCAACCCCCCCCCCGCUACCACCACCACCACCACCACAAAAGCAGCACCAGGACCAGCCGCAUCCGGCAACGGCAACAAGAGCAACAACGACGAUGCGUCUUUCACUCCGGUGGCCGCGACACCGGCUGGAGGGGAGAAGAAAGUUGAGGCGGGGGGGCGGGGGGCGGGGGAAGACGCAGCGGCAGUCGGUGGUGACCCCCUCUGGCUGCCCCCGGGCAGGGUGCAGAACUGCUCCAUGGGCGGUGACCCCUUCAUCUUGGCCACCCUCAGGCCGCCGCAGAGGGUGGUCGAUAGCCUUCCCGACGUCCUCAAGGGCUUUGCCAUCAAGGCUGCCACUUGCCAUUCACGACCUUUGCCGGCACAAUAA